UACGCGCGGCCUGGGUAUGCAGUCGCGCGGAGACGUCGUCAGCGUGCGCGACACUGUUAUAUAUCGCUUUUUUAGUGCCCGAGGUACGUACAAACAUUGCGAGAACAGGAACCUAUAUUGGAUAUUCGGCAACGAUGGCGCGGCUGUGGACGGGGCUGCUGCUCCACGCUGCUUACAUUUUGCUAAGUGAGGCAUCACCGGAGACCCGUUGCUACUGGUGCGGGCCGCUGGCGGAGCAGGUGCACCGCAGCCGCCGCUCGGCGCCCUGCGGCGCCUCCGACCACGUCACCGUGUGCGAGCUCGGCUACAACUACUGUGCCAUCGUCGCUACUUCGCCACCUCGAGUAGAGUCGCGAUACUGCGUCAAGGUAUACCAGGAUGAGUGCUACCCGGUGUACUGCAACUCGACCAAAACGUGGAAGAUGACCUGCCCGUGCCGCGGCGACCUCUGCAACGGACCCAACGCCGAGAGAGAGAACGAGGCCUUCGCUCUUCUCCCCAAACUAGUAGCCAAGACACACAAUGCUCGAAUCAAAAAAAGGACACCCAAUGCGUCACCACAUCUGAUAAAGCACGAAAGGAAAAACCGAAUCAUCAGUAACGAUGACGCAGAAAUUCACAAUAUGUCUAAUCUUAGUUCAAAAGAGAUGAAUAACACUCAGGAUAAUAAGCUUAUCGUUAAUGAAAAUGAUUCAAACAUUGAUGGUAAUCCGAAUAAGCAAUCCGGAAAUAUGCAGUCAGAUCAACCAGUCAAUAUAAUAGUCGAACAUCAUAGCGAAGAUAAUACUCAAAGUACUGCUGCUAACGUAGACAGUAUGCAGACAUCUACUACUGUUAAUAAUCAACUUAUCGAAAUUGAAAUACAUGUCAGUGACCCAACAGAAAAACCGAACGCACUGAAAGGAAACGAAUGCACAGACUCGCCAACUACGGCGGAAUCCAACGAAACAGACAAAAAUACUGAACUUGUAAAAGUUGAAGAAUCAUCUAUGGCUACCACAGCUAAAAGUACAUUAGAGACUGAGGGUGCUAUGAAAACCACAGGAAAUAUAAAUGCUGUUGAAAACGAAACGAUCAAAUCAACAGAUACUGUUCAACAGACUGUAAUGGAAACAAAACACACUGACAAACCCCAUGAUGAACCACCAGCAGGCACUACAGAAAUUAUGCCAAAAGAUCAACCUAUGAAUUCUAUUGAUCAAAUGCAAAAUGAUGCUCCAAUUUUAACCUCGUCGGACACCGUUCAUGUAAAGACUACAGAAUUAAGUAAAGUGGAUCAAAUGCCAACUAAGGAUACUAUGAAAGCAAGUAGCGGCAUUCCUACAGCAGAAGCUCUCCAACAAAACGGGAGCCCUCCUGUGUCCACGGCUCCUGUCGUAGUUACAGAAAAACCCACUGACGCUCCAACUACCGAAGGCACAACAGCCCCCACUGUGUUGACCACUAAGGAGCCAGUAACAUUACAGACAACUACACCAGCGCCUCGUCGUAAAAACAGCUCAGUACGGAUAACAUUCAGUCACACACUAAUAGCUCUAAUUUAUUUAGUAUAUUUGUCAAUGUAA